AUGGGAAACGAAUCUCUUGAAGUACUCUCUCAACUUGUCAAAAAUAGAAUUCAAUUUUUCGAGAAUCUAGGAAAGAACCCUUUGGAGCAUUUGCCAAAUGGUAACAAUGGCAAUCCAUGCUUUAUAUUGCCUCAACUCGAGUUUUUGAAUGUUAAUGGUCAGCCUAUAUCUGUUGAAAAAGAUGUUGAAUGCUUUUCAUAUGAUGAAUCUCCCACUAGCAGAAUGGAUUCAUGGCGAAAAUUGAAAAAAACAAAGUCUAAAUGCUCGGAUAAUCUGAUGUUGCUGUUGAAUGAUACUCAAUGCACAAAGGUCUUGAGAAAUCAGAGAGAGAAUCAUAUCAAUUCUGCAAAUCGAAAGAAGCAAGCUAAAUACUUUGAGAGAAUGGCUCAUUACCCCCAACCAAUCAAGAACGGAAGAAUGCUCUCAUCAGAUGUUCGAAAUGGAAAUUUGAUUGAAAGCCAAGCCUCAAAUGCAUGUUAUGACUUCUUCUUGGAAUGUCUUAUUCCAUCUGCAACAGAUUAUCAUAAUAAGCUCGUUCAAAGCCCCCGAACAAUCAUAGAAAUACUUGAAAAAAUUCGUCUUCCAUAA